UGUGUUUGCCGACAUGAACUCAAACUGUUAUCGUCGUUGAGAAAACAAAGCCGCGCGGAGUCCCUGAGCCUUUUACGCACGCGCACAGGCCCGCGCGCACAGACGUGCGCUUUUUACGCACGAUCUCGGAAUGGGAUUUUGUGCACACGUGCGCGGAGAGGAAGGGUACGCCACGCACGGCCCGGUCACAUGAACGACUUUAGGUCGAGGUGCGCGCGCGCGUAAAUACCGAAAGAGACGGCUUAAAGAGAAGCAGAUACAAAUGACACCAAAGGUCGGAGGAGUCUCACUUUGGAGACGGAAGGACGGAGAGGAAGAGACAGAAAAGAGGAUUUGUUAAUAAAAGCAGCAAGUUGAAGGAGCUCCUCCUCUCCGUGAUGUAACUGCGAGUCGGAACCUCCUUAAUUACUAAUUUCUCUACAUCGAGAGGCCACGCGCUCUCCCUCUCUCUCCCGCUCUCUCCCCCUCCCUCUCUCCGCUCUAUUCUCCCUCUCUCCACUCGUCCAUCCAUGCAUCUCUCAUCCUGACCCUGCUUUCUCUCUCCUCUCUGUCUCUCUUUCGUUUCCAGCCCGGAUAACGGAGGUGGACGAGCUUGGAGUUGCUGUUGUUGUUGUUAUUCUUUUUUUUUAAAUUGCUAUUAUUUAUUCCACGUUUUCGGGAGACCCGCCACCGGGCAUGGAGGAUGUAAAAGACCCGCCGACCGUCCACCGGUCCUCCUCCUUCAGUAUCAAGAGCCUCCUGCUUCCGUCAAAGUGCGACAGACCGGACUACGUCGUCGCCGCCGCCGCCGCAGCGGUCGUUUGCGUCCCAGGGACCUUCUCUCCUACCCCGGGCAGCGACUCGGAGAAGUCCCUGGACCCGCCGGAGGUGGACUCCACGGCUCCGGGUUUGGACCCAGAGAAGCCGGCCAAGGAGGAGCAGGGGGGAGAUGGGGAGGAGGAGGAGGAGGGCGCCAAGGCCACCCCGGAGCAGAACACUAACGGCAAUAGCAGCGGGAAAAACGGGAAAUACGACAAACCUCCGUUCAGCUACAACGCCCUGAUCAUGAUGGCCAUCCGGCAGAGCCCCGAGAAGCGGCUCACGCUGAACGGCAUCUACGAGUUCAUCAUGAAGAACUUCCCGUAUUACCGGGAACACAAGCAGGGCUGGCAGAACUCCAUCCGGCACAACCUGAGCCUCAAUAAGUGCUUCGUGAAGGUGCCGAGGCACUACGACGACCCGGGCAAGGGGAACUACUGGAUGCUGGACCCCAGCAGCGACGACGUGUUCAUCGGGGGGACGACCGGGAAGCUCCGCCGGCGCUCCGCCACCUCCCGGGGAAAGCUCGCCAUGAAGCGCGGGCUGCGCUUCGCUCCUCUCGGCUUGGGGAUUAACGAGCGGGCGAACAACCCGCUCUACUGGCAGAUCUCCCCCUUUCUGUCCCUGCACCACCACCACCACCACCACCCGCACUACAACGGAUCCUCGCCCGGCUUUUUGAACCAGGCGGCCGGCUACGGUUCUCUGUUGCCCGGGGUGGAGCCGCUGAGCAACGGGGACCUGGGGCGCUCCAUCCUCGGCGGGUCGGCCGCCGGGGCGCUGGGUUUGACGAACGGUUACGGGAUGAGCACGUCGCCGGUCGGGCUGCUCUCCGGACAGAGCGGGGGCUAUUAUGUCUCGGGGACCCAACAUGCGUCGGCCCCGGGGCAGCCGGGAGGAGGAGCGCCUCCUCACCCGUCGCACCUCCAGCAGAGCGCGCAGGGUUUUGGCAGCUUGGCGACCAGCAGCUCGCCGCAGUCCCUGCUGUCGGACUCCCUGAGAAACAGCUCCCUGUCGGCCUUCUCCCCGGGCAUGUCCGCGGGGUUCCCCGGGGUGCUUUCCCAUCAAAAGAGGGUAACUCCAAACGCUUUCCUAAACUGACCCCCCCCCCCACCUCUUUCUUCCCCUUCCCUCCUAUCUCCAUCACUAAACAGUGGAUGGCGCACAAAAGACGUCAUGUUAAGGGCAAAUAAUAAGUGGUAAAUAUCAAUGAUUGAACGCAAAAGAUAUAUAUGAAGUGAACCUUUUUUUUUGGCCAUAUUUCACCCCGAAGAGUAAGGGGUUUAUUUUUAAGGAUUCUUUUCGAAAUUGUUUGAAAAAAAGGGACAAACUUUUGUUACCCGCGAGUUGUACAACUGUAAACUAGACUUGCCAAAGGUAACGCUUUAAGUAUAUUUCAAGCUAUUUAUAUCUUGUACAAAGAUUUUCAGUACUUUGUUUGAGUCUUUUAUUUAUGUUUUGUAUUUAUUGUUCAAUGUAUUUAAAUUCUAUUUGUCAGUGUAUACUUAUCAGUGUUGAGGAAAAGGGGGGGGGGGGGGGAAACAAGACAUACAUGGUCAAUAACUAUUUAUGAAAUUUGAGACAAUCAAGGAGAAACAAAGACAAUCCCAAUUUUUCAUUUCACUUUUUUUUUAGGAAAAGAAACCUUUGAAUAAGCAAACAAUGAAUAACUUGAGCCUUAAAAUCAGCAGAAACAAUCAGGGGUUUUCAGAGGAAACAUAAGCCUACAAAUCAUAUCUCUACUCAGGUUUGACCCCGGGCAGGCCUCACAAUAAUAACAAUAAUAACAAUAAUAAUAAUAAUCCAGUGGAUAGAUGCUGAAUGUGAAGAGUUUCCUUCCAAAAUAAAAAUAAACUAAAAAUAAAACGCACUCUCCAAUACAGCAGGGAUCCAGUCAUGCUAAUAUCCUCACUAGUUUUUAGAAAUCUAAUUGGAUAUAAAUGUUUUAGGAAUAAUACUCUUCACAUGUAAAAUUAUGCAAAACAACGCGGCAGUAACACGAGGAUGUUUUUGUAUGUUUUCCGUUCAUCAUCAAAUCCCAGAUUGUCCUCUUCACUUCAGCAGUCUUUCUUGGUUUGAUCAAGCCUGUGUGUGUGUGUGUGCGCGCAGGCCCGAAUGAGCGUAAACGCUCCUGCGCAUGUGCACUCAGGGCCGCUGUACAAACUAUUUCAUUAAUAAAAAAUAAAAUAGCAAAAAAAACUACAAUUUAGCCCUGUUCCAUUUUGAACGACCAGCUGACCUGCUGCUGUUUCCGGGGACAUUUUUAAAGUGACCGAUGGACGUCUCAGAACAGACACGGAGCGGCUCACACACACACACACACACACACACACACACACACACACACACACACACACACACACACACACGCACACUUAUACGGUUGUCAGGCGAAAAAAUAGUAACUUAAAAAAAUGUAAACAUGAAUGAUUCUGACUCGUUGUUGACUGUGGAAGUACUAGAUCGAUAACAUGUUGGUUCUUUAUGAGCUUCUCAUAGACUUCCACCUCAGGUGACUUCAGUUUAAGCUUCAUUUCAUUUGAAUGCAAUUGGACAUUAAUGUUUUUGAGGGUCUCUUGAAGCAGAGGAAAAUAAGUCCAUCAACUUAUUUAAAUGCAAAUCAGCACACUGGGAGUCACGAGCUUUUCAAGCCUCCUGCCACAAUAUUCCGAAAUAAUCCAACAAACACCACUCGGGCUUCAAUGGCGUCCGGAAACCUGCAUCAGCUGACUUCCGUAGGGGGGGGGGGGUUAUUUAGUGAAAAGACAAGACGGUGUUAAAGGGGAAACGUUGAAAAAAACAUAAUUCUUUGUCUCAUUUUGUUUAUUUUCCUUAUUCAAACUUAAUUUUAACCUUUUUUGUUGUUGCAAGAUUUCUGGUUGAUUUUAGGACCUAAAUUAACGUAAAAUGUACUAAAUAUUAUAUGCAUUAUACCUUUUAUUUGGGAGCUAUUUACUUCAGUCAUGUUCCUGUGGAAAAUUUGAAUUUCUUUUUUUUUCUUUUUAUGGGCUCAAACUGACUUUUUGCCCCCAAUAAUUCAAUGCAAUUAUUAUUUGGUGGAAGUUAAUCAGUAUUUACAUGAAUUACAUGACACAAACUAGUGAAAUAAUAACAAUAAGGAUUCUAACUUGUAGAGUUGCAUUUUUUUUUUACAUAAGCACAGCGAAUGAGCAGCGUUUGACUAUCAGAUCAUUGAUCACUGCGUUAUUGAACGCUCCGUCCACAGAUCUCAGGUCAGUGAGUUCUGAAAAACCAGCCGGAUCGAAUAUAUGUUCCCAUUGCGAAGAAUAAAAGCAAACAGAAGGUCCGGUACGGAACACGAUGCUGCACAUGAGGUUGAUUCCUAAAGAAAAAGGUUGCUUGUGAUGCCUGUUCCUCAAUAAAAUGUCAAUAUUUAAAAAAAAUAAUGCAAAGAGGACAUUUUUAUGUGAACUAUUAUACUUAUUAUAAGUUUAAGUUCACUGGUCACUACUGUCAAUAAUAUUAAACUGCACUGUUAAAUAAAUUGAUUAUUAUUUCAGUUUGGGGCCUUUUAUUGCAUAAAUAAACAUAAUCUGUGGACCGUAAACAACCCGCAUGUUGGAUUUAGUUCUAAUUGAUUUCAAUGUUGAGUUUUUUCAAAAUGUCUCCUUGUGAAUGUUUCUGUUGAUUUUCAGAACAGCUGAAGCACGAAAAGCUGCUUUCUGCCCAUUUUAUUAGCUAUUUUUUUACAGUGAAAGGCAGAAAAUCCUCAUGUAACCUCUGACCAACAUGAAAGCCUCCUGAAGCCCAAACAGAGGCUGACCUUGACACACACACACACACACA